CAAAAGCAAUUGUCAUUGAUCGGCUUGGAGUGUCAAACAUGAAGAAGAGUUUUCUGAUCUUCAUUUUCACAGCAUUUAUGGUUGUAAUGAAUGUGUCCUAUUGGUACUAUAAUAAGUCCACACGAGGGAUGGGCUUUACAAUCUGUAAGGCCCCCGGUAGAGAAAAACUAGAUGAAAAUGCUUCAAAUAACGUCCGACCAUUGAAGGGUAUGAUGACUAUAUUACCGCAAGGACGUUUCGGGAACCAAAUUGGGGAGUAUGCAGCUCUCUACGCUCUAGCUAAAAUGAAUGACUAUCAAGCGUAUUUACUGCCAGAGAUGCAUCAGGAGUUUUCCUCCCUCUUCAAAUUAAAGUUGCCUGUAAUUUCCAAGGAUGCUGACAAACGUAUUAAGUGGAAGCAAUAUCCUCUUAACAACUGGAUGUGUCCAGAAUACCGUAAUAUCACAGGAGAGAAUGUGAAGCUUAAAGGAUUUGUGUAUUCCUGGACUUUCUACCAUCAUUUGAAGAGUGAACUCCUAGAAGAAUUGACAUUCCAUGAUUUUGUUAAAGAUGAAGUCAACUCUUAUCUUGCUCAAGUGAGGGGUGAUCGGAAGAAUGUAACAUUUGUUGGGGUUCAUGUUCGUAGAGGGGACUAUGAGCAACUUUUUGUUAAACAAAAAAGAGGGGUCUUAGCGGACAAAAAUUAUUUGCAGAAGGCCACCGAUUACUUCAGGAACAAGUACCAGAAUCCCAUAUUUGUGGUGACCAGUAAUGGGAUGAAGUGGUGUAAGGACAAUAUUAAUAAUUCUUUAGGGGAUGUUUACUUUGCUGGAGAUGGCAAUGAAGGCUCCCCUGCUAGGGAUUUUGCAAUUUUGGCUCACUGUAACCACACCAUUAUGACAUUUGGGUCAUUUGGCAUUUGGGCUGCAUACCUGGCAGGUGGUGAAGCUAUGCAUCUAACAAAUUACAGUGCGCCCGAUUCCUCAUAUCUGAAGUAUGUGAAGUAUGAGGCAAUCUACCUUCCAGAGUGGAUUGCUGUGGCUGCCGAUUUAUCGGAAUUAAUAAAAAGCAAAGCACAGUCUCAAAAUUAAAA